UCGAAGCGUUAUAUAUACUCAUUUCCACAUUGGUGGGUGUGGACGGACAUUGGUUAAUAGACUCAUUUUACUUAUGGUUGAGAGUGAGUUGAAAGUAGCUGAAACUUGGGAUAGAACCUUGGAACUGGGCAUCAAAAGAGUUGCUUAUGGAGUACUUUUAGGUUCUGUGACGGCGCUGAUACUGUUCCGGUCGCCGUUAACCAGAGUUGCAGUUUCUAGUUUUGGAGGUGGUAUAGGUUUUGGAAUGACUUAUAGUGACGCUAAACGGGAUUUUGAAAAACUGAAACCAGCCUCAUCUUCCUCAACUCAAGGAUUGACGGAUAGCUUAUCUUUGAAUAGUUAACUAGCUGUGUUAACAUUAUAUAAAGGUUUUUCUUUUUCUGUUGUACCUUAUUGCGUGUAACCUUA